CCCCCGCUCUUUCUAGUGACGACUUUAUCCUGCGACGGCUCUGACUGAACGGACAAAUGUCGAUUGAUUAAAAUUAGCCGACAAAACCCUUCAGUUGUCCUUCUUUUGUUAAUUUUCUUCACCGUUAAAUUACAAAGUAAAGUAGAAUGAUUGACACAGAGAAAGGAACUGCCUCCGGAGAUGCUGCUGGAUCCAGUGGCAAGAGCAAAGACAAGGAAAAGAAAAAACGGUCUCGUGUCAAGCAACUUCUGACUGACGUGAAGAAGCAAGUGGACUUCUGGUUUGGAGAUGUCAACCUCCACAAGGAUCGCUUUCUGAGAAAACUCAUAGAUGAAUCUGGUGAUGGAUAUGUUGACAUAUCUGUUCUGGCAAGUUUUAAUCGAAUGAAAAAUCUUACCACUGACACCAAACUGAUUGCGCGAGCACUGAAGAAUUCAUCUGUGGUUGAGGUUAAUCUGGAAGGAAAUAAAGUAAGACGCCUGCAUCCAAUAGGGGAUCCACCUAAUGAUGAAGACAGCCGUACGGUCUAUGUAGAACUUCUGCCCAGAGAUGUCUCACACAACUGGAUAGAGCGUGUUUUUUCCAAGUGUGGUAACGUAGUUUAUGUCAGUAUACCCAGAUACAAGAGCACAGGGGACUCUAAGGGUUUUGCCUUUGUUGAGUUUGAGAAAGCCGAACAAGCAGAAAAGGCCAUUGAGAUGCUCAAUAAUCCUCCUGAAGAUGCCCCUAGGAAGCCAGGCAUUUUCCCCAAAACCUUAUGUAGGAAGACAUUGCACUUGCCCACUGAAAACCCCACAACAAAUGAAAAGCCCACCACAACUGGAAAACCAACGACGACAGGUGAAGAAGAGGAGAAGAAAAGGCGUAAGAAGAAGAAAAAGAAGUCCAGUGCUUCGUCAACUUCUUUGACUGAAAGUAAAGAACAGUCAAUGGAAGCAGAGCCCACCGAACAAAAGAUGAAGUCUGAUCCAGAAGCAACAGGAGCCCAGAAAACAGCAGGCAAAGAGAAAAAGAGACGCCGAUUGCAAACAGUAGAUGCAUCUGAGGGUGAAUUACCGUCUAAAAUGAGAAAGACAAAUGAAAGUGGAAGUGCAGAGUGUUCCAAGAGUGAUUCUUUGGCCAAAAGUGACAAGAAAGACAGAGUUAAAGAUGAAAAGGAAAAUAUGGAUGACUCUGCAGCCAAAGCCAAAAGGAAAAGAAAAAAGAUGCACAAAGAGAAGUUGAAGAUUGGAGAGGAAGUCAUUCCACUGCGGGUUUUACCCAAAAAGGCAUGGCUUGAACUGAAGGCAGAGUACUUGAUAUUACAAAAGCGCAGCAUGGCAGCCCUGAAGAAAUGUAUUACAAAGAUUGACCACAAGGAGCAGAAGAGCCAAAAAGAAGUAGAUAAUCAACAAAAUGUUAUGAUGGAAGAAGGCAAUGAAAAGGCAACAAGACAAGCCCCACAGUUUGUCAGUGGAGUUAUCCUGAAGAUUACUGAUAAUAAGCCCCUACCAGGAAGAAAGUUAAUCAAGGAAAUUCUGUCUAAAAUCUCCACGGUGGCCUACGUUGACUUCACAGAAGCAGAUGCUGAAUGUCACGUCCGAUUUCACACACCUGAACAGGCCAAAGCCGUGAGCGAUGCCAAGACUGAACUACAGAAAGAGCACAGCUGGAAAAUGGAGAUCCUUUCAGGCGACCACGAGCAGAGAUACUGGCAGAAAAUCCUGGUUGAUCGGCAAGUGAAACUAAACCGGCCAAGGGAGAAGAGGCGAGGAACAGAGAAGCUCAUUUCUAAAGCAGAGAAAAUCAUAAUGGCCCGAGCUAAGGAAUCCAAUAAACACAUCCGUUUUGAUGACUAAGUGAAUCCCUACAUCUUAAAACAGGUCUUUUUGUCUAUAAUUUGAAACAAUGUCUGAACUACGUGUCAGAUUAAUUUUGCACUGGAGACAGUAAUGGACAGUUUUUGUUUUAAUAUGGUAACAAUUUUAAGUGUCAUCUUUCAUUUAUUAGGGAAAUUGUACAUUAUGUAAAUAGUUCUUUUAAGGUUCUCCAGUGAAAUAUGGAAAUUCCAUUAAUUUUGCUUUUUUUUUUUUUUUUUUUUUUUUUU